AACAUCGUGAAGUGAAGAGCACAAUUUCAAGAUGAAGCAGAAAAUGUUUUUGUUAGGUUUGAUUUCCAUUCUACUUUUACCAUUUUCAGCAAAAGCUAGCAAAGCUUCGUCAGCUGUCUGUGGCGAUGAAUAUUGGGAUCCUUUAUUCGAUAUCUGUUGUGACGGUAAUGCGCAUGAACAACGUUAUGGAGCAAACACCAGAUGCUGCGGAAAGAAAAUCUACGAUGCCCAAAGUCAUAUUUGCUGUUCAGGAUCUGUAUUCCGUAAGGAAUGCACAGGGAUGACUCAGUGUUGUGGUCAACAACCAUUUAAUAGCGAGAAAGAAAUAUGCUGUAAUUCAAGAUCUAUUCAUCCUAAAUCAGCUGGUGCAUCAACUCGAUGUUGUGGAAAUUCCCCGUACAAUGGUAGUUCUUUCACUUGUUGUGCUGGUAAAGUGGUAGGGGUCGAGUAGCAGGAAACAAGACCCAAUGCUG